UAAGUCCUGUCAUGUUGAGUUGAUAACUAGUUUGAAACAUCUAAAAACCUGUUGAUGAUUUCCUUGAGCACCUGGACCCUUUCCACUAUCUUGCUUUUGAACUCUUUAAUCUGUUAAAUUUUCAUUAGAGUAUAAACUCUUUUAGUAUUCUUAUGCAUUUGUUAUGUAUUUCAAACUCUUUGAAGAUAGGAAUCCUGUCUCAUUCAAUUCUUGUAUUUUUCCCAGCAUCCUGGAACAGGACUCUGAACACAGUAGGCAUUUUGACCAUGUUUAUUGACCAGAAAUUCUCUCGCAAAGUCAGCAAAAAGCCAGGAAUUCUAUUUGAUAAUCACAUGUUUGCCUCUUCUUCCUCAAAUCUAGACUCAUGCUCUUCCCUUAAAUCCCUGAUGGGGUUUUUAAAUACACAACAAUCUCUACAUCAACCUCAGCUUUUUUCCUUUCCCAAAAUCUUCUCUCCUCCCCUUUGGUCUUCAGAUUGAGAUCCUUCUUGGCCUAAUACUUCCUCUUGAUUAUCUCACUUCCUGAAAUGCCACCAAAGAGUGGAGCUUAUCUUGAUGGAGCUUGGAGAAAAGUCUAAGGGUUUUAGUAAACAAAGAGCUCGAGACUGUCAGUUUGGUUAAUAAACAGCAAUAGCUUUGUAGAGUCACGCUCUGAAGACCACAGUCCACAAAGAACCUUCUGUCAAGACUUCCAGGAUACCCUAGAGAGGGAUAUAUGGCUUUGCUCUUCAGUGGAUACUCUGUAAAGAUCAGGGUGUCUCCAAGAGUUUUCUCCACCGGCAAGGAAAAGAAAUGGGUGAAUUAUGAAUCUUGACAAUUGCUGACCUUGGAUUUCUGGAGAAGUCUUUUAACAGAAUCGAUAUCUUAGUGACUGUUUCAGCACUUCCAAGUGGUUCCUUAUUCAUCUCCCAAAUGGAAAAAAUGCUUGGAAAUGACAUGAUUACUCUGACAUCUGGGAGUAUAGUAUAUAUCAUUGUAGAGAUUGUCAUUGGACUUUGUGCCAUUGUAGGCAACGUGCUUGUCAUCUGGGUGAUCAAGUUGAACCCAAGCCUGCAGAAUACCACUUUCUAUUUCAUUGUGUCUCUGGCCUUGGCUGACAUUGCGGUGGGUGUGCUGGUCAUGCCUCUUUCCAUUGUGAUUAGCUUGGGCAUCAUCAUUCACUUCUAUAGCUGCCUUUUUAUGACCUGUCUGCUGUUGGUCUUUACCCAUGCCUCCAUCAUGUCCUUGCUGGCCAUUGCUGUGGACCGCUACCUGAGAGUCAAGCUCACGAUCAGAUAUAAAAGAGUGGUCACUCAAAGAAGAAUAUGGAUAGCCCUGGGAUUCUGUUGGCUGGUGUCUGUCCUGGUCGGGCUGGUCCCCAUGUUUGGCUGGAAUGAGAGACUGAGCCCAGGGAGCUCUGGGAAUGCCAGCUCCCUUGCAUGCCGCUUCCGCUCAGUUAUGAGGAUGGACUACAUGGUCUAUUUCAGCUUUUUCACCUGGAUUCUCAUCCCGCUGGUCAUCAUGUGUGCCAUCUAUGUCGACAUUUUCUAUGUCAUCCGGAACAAGCUUAGACAGAACUUCUCUGGCUCGAGAGAGACUGGUGCAUUCUAUGGGAGGGAAUCCAAGACAGCCAAGUCCCUGCUUCUCAUCCUCCUCUUGUUUGCCUUUUCAUGGCUGCCUCUGUCCAUCAUGAACUGUGUUUCUUAUUUCUUUCCUAAGGUUAUCAUAGACGAAAAUUUGCUCUGCUUGGGCAUCCUGCUGUCUCAUGCCAACUCCAUGAUGAAUCCCAUUGUAUAUGCUUGCAAAAUAAAAAAAUUCAAGGAAACCUACCUUUUGAUCCUCAAAUCCUACAUCCUACAUAUACCAUCUGACUCCUCGAGCACUGAGCAGACUUCAGAAUAGAAAUCCUGGAAAUCACAAUUGUCCAUUCCCUUGUUCUCAUCAUUUCCUUUAUUGGAGAUUGAGGGGGUCAUUUGGCUCAUUUACACCUCCCCUUCUGUCUUUGCUCUACAGAGGAUUGUACUCCAGAUGACAGCUAGUGAAAAACUUAACCACCUGUACUUUUUUCUCCUCUGAGCUUAUGAGGGAAGUUGGAGCAAUAAGUACUAGAGAUUGCUCCAUUUUUUUAAUCUGUAAAAUGGGAACUACAAGACUCAGUAGGUGGUAAACAUGUUGGACAAUGAUUGAGUUCUGUACCAUUGUAUCUGCCCUCCUCCUAAUAAUAGAACUGUUCUUAAUACCUACUGGGAAAGAUGGGAGGGAAGUAGACUGAAUAGAAUGAUGGUUUGAACUACUGAGUUAACUUGUUGAUAUACAUGAUCAAAUAAAAGAUACCUUAACAUGUG